AUGGAGGAUCGCCGCUUGCAGGUCAUUCCGGACUCGGAGGUUUCACCUGAGCCGCAGCGGCGCCCCGUCACCCGCGCAAAGCCGCGGUCAAGGGAGCCGUUGCCAACAACCCUGGCUCCGACCUUUUGCCUCAGUGACACGCACGCAAAACACGCAGAUGUGGCAGAGAGGGGUUCCCGUCUGCUGCGGAAGUCGGUGCUGCCCGCCGCCCCACGAGGCCGUUUGAGAGCCGCCGUCCCUGCCGCUCUUUCGGACGCCGGGCGCGCUGACCCGGCUCCAAGCGGCAGCCUGCCGCACCUGCCUGUGCAGGUGGACCGCGCCAUGUCCUUCAAAGACAAGGACGCCAAGGACGCUGUCAACGCUGCAGCCGAUUUGCAUGGCAUCGUGAGCCUAGAUGUGGAAGUAGACACGCCCGCCUCGGUGACUUUGGACUGCCCGUCCAAGGCAUCCAAGACAGAGAGCUCUCCUGUUGACAAGGAAGAGGACAUGCUGCUCCAGCUUCAGCAGCUAGCCGCCUCCGUGCGACCGGCCGAACCGGCCGAGUCGAGCUCGGAAAUCUCGGAAUCUGAAGCUGAGAAGCUCGUUGAGAAGCUCGUUGUAACCCAAGAUCAGCACGGGCACGGCAGCAUGCCCAGCAUGCCCAGCAUGCCCAGCAUGCCCAGCAUGCCCAAGCCCAGCAUAACCCCUGACAUGCCGCAGCGAGCGGCGUCUGAGGCGGACGAGCACGAUAUUCAAGAUGUGCUUGAAAUGUUACAGGAAGCUUCCGAGAGCUCUGAGAACUCAGCGGACACGUUGGAGGCGGAUGAGGCGGUUGAGGAAGAGGAAGAAGAGGAAGAGGAGGAGGAGGAGGAAGAGGAAGAGGAAGAAGCAGAAUCUGAGUCUAAGGAGUCCCAGGGCUUGCACGUUGCGGCGACGAAAAAGCAUGUAGAUGGAGCGACUGAGCUCAUGGCUCUGCGGCAGGAGGAGGGCCCCGCACUCAGCUCUGGUGAACACCAUCCAGGCAUUUCAAGAGCCAUCUUUGAGUUUUCGGACUCCUUGAGCUCACUUGAGCUCGAGGUUGGCAUGCCGCUCACGCAGGGACCUUCGGCGACCGCUGGAGCGAGCUUGCCGUGGCGUUGGAGCGAGUCUGAAGCUCAGGAUCAUGAGCACCUGUGCUUCGUGAACCCCUUCGUGCCUCCCGCAGAGCUGGCCAUCAUCCACGAAGACUACGGCCUACAGCCCACCUGCAUCCCCGGCGCCUUCGACUUUGCUCUCCCGGAGGAUCCUCAUCGUCAGUUCCCAAUCGUGGACGCCAGCGAGGAGCGGCACGUUUACGUUGAACGGAUACGCCCUGAGAGGCACGAGGUGGAGGUCCUGGGUGCCUCGCCAGGGGAGGAGCUGUCGCCCUUUCUGCUAGCUGAGGGUGCUUCACUGAUCGUUGCGGCGGCCUUGCAAGUGGAGGAGGGUGAUUACGUUCUGGAUGCCUGCGCAACUGGUGCCACUUCGUUUGCCCUGGCGGCGGCAUUGUUUUCGGCCCGAUGUCCACGCGGUCAUGCAUUGCCGCAGAACUUGCAAGGCCGCCUGGUUUGCAACGAGAUGGUGAAAUCCCGUGCUGCGCUCGUGCAACAAAUGCUGCGACUGCUGCUGCCUUGGCGGCUCUUCGAUCCGAAGGCCAGCCUGGCGGGGCACGGCCCUCGUGUCGUGUUGACCUCGGUCGAUUUGGGCACGACAUCAAACGCCGCUGAAAAGUUGGCGCCCUACAGCAAGAUCCUUCUGGGUCCUCCGUGUACGGACGACAAGGCCCUGCUGCGCGGCUCCUGUCCUGGUGGCCUGUCGCGAUGGUCUGCCUCCACUGCCAAGGUCAGUGCCGAGCGACAGCUGAAGUGGCUGCACAAUGCGCUGUGGUUGCUGCGCGAGGGAGGCGUGCUGCUUUACUUCAACCGUGCGCUCGCCCCAGAGGAAGGAGAUGGCGUGAUCGAGCGACUUUUCAAGCGCGUGGAGGGGACUUUCGAUUUGCAGGUGGAUCCACUUGAUGAGCUGGUUGCCAGUUGGCGCCUGAGAGUCCGCUUUCGAGAUACGGCCAUGCCCACUGUUUUGCUUGGCAGCUCGUGGGUACCUACAGGGCAGUCAUACAUUUAG